AUGACUGUAAUUGUCUGUGUUCCAGUGAAACAAGCUAUAACAAGCUAUACCAAUCAGCUGCAACCUCUUUAUACUCCGUUGUUAUUAAAAUCUGAUUUAACCAUAUACCUUGACAAAUACAGCGGGUAUGUAACUCUAGAAAGACCUGUGAUCGCUAAAUCCAGUCAGGGAGGUAUUCUUGCCGAUGAAAUGGGUCUGGGGAAAACAGUUGAAGUUCUGGCUUGCAUACUACUGAAUCCGAAAAAUCAAGUUUCUCAUGAAAUUGAGCAAAAAGAUUCUUCAACCGAUUUAAAGCCAGUCGUAGUGAAACAAUUACAGAAACGCAAAAUGCCUGUUGAUGAAGAAGAAGAAGCAAGCUCUAUUCUCCAUGAUCGUUCCAAGAAGUUGAAAAUUCCUAACAAUUGGGUAAAAACGUCAAGUAAAAAAUCGUCCACUUACGUAGCUCUAAAGAUGUGGUAUGAUAGUAUUUUGUCAGAUGUUAGCACAACAUCAUUAUCUGCAGUAGAUGAAGAUAGGGUUUCGAUUCAGUGCAUUUGCGGAAGCAGGUCAGAAGAUGGGAUCAUCGAGUGUGACUGUUGUGGCAAAUACCAACACCGUGAAUGCUUGGGAUAUAACAAAUCCUUGGGGAGGUACCUCUGCCCUCAAUGUUGGAUGGACGAACCCCUAUUGGAAUGCGGAGCUACAUUGAUUGUCACUCCUCUGACCCUUAGAUCUCAGUGGUCAAGAGAAAUUUGCAAGCACAUUAGAGGAAAACUGAAGGUUUUGCAAUACGAUGGUUGCAAUCUCACUCCUGUUUAUCCCACUCAGCUGAAGGAGUAUGAUAUUGUGAUAACGACAUACAGUGUGUUACAAAAUGAACUGAGACUUACUGAAAAUGUUCAGGCAAUUAAUUUGAGAAGGGAAAGAAAAUAUUCCCCUCAGGGGAGUCCACUUACCAGAAUUAAAUGGUGGCGACUUUGUUUGGAUGAAGCUCAAACCGUAGACACUCCAGGUCGCAUGGUGUCUGAAAUGGCAGGAAAAAUUAAUGCCGUCCAUAGAUGGGCUGUCACCGGAACACCUAUAUCUAAAAAUAUAUCAGAUCUGUAUGGACUCAUCGAUUAUAUACAAAUUACUCCAUUCAACGACCUCACUACUUGGAACAAAAUAUUGUAUGAGCCCUAUGUGAAAGGUAACGAUAAACCGAUGCUUGAAUUUUUGUCCAAGGUGCUGUGGAGGACGUCUAAGAAAGACGUUUUAGAUCAGAUAAAUAUUCCAAAACAAACGUACAGAGAGCAUUUAUUGGAAUUUUCGGCAGUUGAGAAAUAUUUUUACCGAAGAGAGCAUGAACUUAUCUGCAGUGAUUUUCUGUCGAAGGUGUCAAAGUUUGAUUUAACUUUGCUCUUAGAUAGACUGGAUAGAAGCACACUUAAAAAGCUGCUGGACCCCUUAUACACUUUGAGGCAUGCAUGUACUCAUCCCAAUACUUCAAGAGGUAGAUAUCUGGCAACGAAAAAACAAGUAACAUCCAUGAAAGACCUUCUCAAUGCUCUCAUUGUCAAAAAUACCAAUGACAGUGAGGACUGCCUCCGAUUGAUCAUAUCGUCUCUGAAUGGUUUGGCAGGCAUUGAGCUCAUCUUCCAGCAUCCUCAAGGAGCUAUAGAUUAUUACAGAUCUGUUUUACAGUUGGUUGCCAGGUUUUCUGGGGAACAAGGAGAAAUAAAAUUAACAGUGGACAAACCUCAGGUCAUACACACGCUAUAUAACUUAGCUGAGGUACUGGAUAACUUCAAGCCAGAUCAGCCGACUUUGAGAGACGGGAAUUUGAGAAACGAUUGCAAGGAUUUGGAAGAAAAAUAUAUGGAGAAAUUUAUAAGUGAGUCUACAACUGCUUUUGAGAGUUUCAGUGGGCUGAUGAUGCAAGUGGAAAAAUUACGUAACAAGCUUACUCUGAAAGAUGGCCAGUGGUACUCGGAUGGAAUGGAUUGGACUCUCAUAAAUGGUUAUUUCGAUAACCUUCUUGAUAGAAUCAAAACAUCUUGUGAUGGGGCUGGUGUUCCCUGUAAUCUGAAUAUUUUCCGAAGUUCAAGUGAACGCAAAAUACUACAAUUACUUUAUUCUUGGGAUGAUGACUUAUCAUAUUUGCGGUCUAAACUUUUCGAAGCUAUCGAUGAGCUCUAUGAAUACGUUCCUGAAGGUAUUCAUAAGAUCAUAAUCAAAGACAAAGUGGUGAUCAAAGCGAUGAACUGUCAUCUGAGGCCACAAAAGAAAUCUAAACAAGCUGCGAAAUGUCCCGUAUGUGAAGCUAACGUCCAGUUGAAAAUGUACGAAGGGAAACUGUUCAGCAUGACUCAUAGGGAAAAGAAUUUUGAAGACAUGUCGUUGAAGGGCAGCUGGAAAUCCACUCUGGAAGAGUUAAUUAUGAAGUCUCUACUGGCAUUAUUAAAAAGCAAAAAUUCGAAUCCAGAAUACAUUCAGGAUGGUGAAGUAUACAUUAAUAUAAUCGAGUGUCUGAAGAAGGAGUUCAAGGAACUUCGUAAGCUGUGGACAUUUUUGGAUCAGCAGAUAUGCGCCCAAGACGAAUUAGAUAUUUGCAAAGUGAGAUUGCAGCUGAAAACUGAAGUCAAUGACGAGAAGAAAGACAACAAAGUUCAAAAUAAAGUCAACAAAGCUCUUAAGAAUCUCAAUUAUCAGGUGGAAAACAGAAACGAAUUUGUUAAUUUAUUGAGUGUGCACGAGCUUGACUUUCAAAUGACUUCCCUGAAAAACGAGUAUAAGAUGAAUACCGCCAGCCUGGAGAAACUUCUAGGUACCCAAAGUUAUUUGGAAACUCUCAGGAAGCAACAGUAUGAGGGACAGAGCCCGGACCCUUGCCCCAUUUGUAAAAACGCCCUCGAACAACACUGGAGUAUACUACUUUGCGGUCAUAGUUAUUGUCUAGAGUGUAUUCAAGUACUUCUGGAACAG